AUGAGGAUCCUGCAACCAGCGUGUCAGCAGGCCACCGCGGUGCUCCUCAGCUCACAUGCUCGUGCAGGCCACCGCGGUGCUCCUCAGCUCACAUGCUCGUGCAGGCCACCGCGGUGCUCCUCAGCUCACAUGCUCGUGCAGGCCACCGCGGUGCUCCUCAGCUCACAUGCUCGUGCAGGCCACCGCGGUGCUCCUCAGCUCACAUGCUCGUGCAGGCCACCGCGGUGCUCCUCAGCUCACAUGCUCGUGCAGGCCACCGCGGUGCUCUUCAGCUCACAUGCUCGUGCAGGCCACCGCGGUGCUCCUCAGUUCACAUGCUCGUGCAGGCCACCGCGGUGCUCCUCAGCUCACAUGCUCGUGCAGGCCACCGCGGUGCUCCUCAGCUCACAUGCUCGUGCAGGCCACCGCGGUGCUCCUCAGCUCACAUGCUCGUGCAGGCCACCGCGGUGCUCCUCAGCUCACAUGCUCGUGCAGGCCAUCGCGGUGCUCCUCAGCUCACAUGCUCGUGCAGGCCACCGCGGUGCUCCUCAGCUCACAUGCUCGUGCAAGCCACCGCGGUGCUCCUCAGCUCACAUGCUCGUGCAGGCCACCGCGGUGCUCCUCAGCUCACAUGCUCGUGCAGGCCACCGCGGUGCUCCUCAGCUCACAUGCUCGUGCAGGCCACCGCGGUGCUCCUCAGCUCACAUGCUCGUGCAGGCCACCGCGGUGCUCCUCAGCUCACAUGCUCGUGCAGGCCACCGCGGUGCUCCUCAGCUCACAUGCUCGUGCAGGCCACCGCGGUGCUCCUCAGCUCACAUGCUCGUGCAGGCCACCGCGGUGCUCCUCAGCUCACAUGCUCGUGCAGGCCACCGCGGUGCUCCUCAGCUCACAUGCUCGUGCAGGCCACCGCGGUGCUCCUCAGCUCACAUGCUCGUGCAGGAGUCUAACAAAUUUUCAUUUCUGUUUCAGAUACUCGUUGCCUUGAUUGCGGCGGCUGCCGCCGGCUCCCUUAAGGGCUAUGGUAUUCCAUUACCUUCUGGACCACGUCUCUCCUUAGGUGGUUCACACGUCUCCAGUGGUGGUGGCUUCUCUGGUGGUGUCGUCUCCGGCGGUGGUGGCUUCUCUGGCGGUGUCGUGUCCGGCGGCGGUGGAUUCUCUGGUGGUGUCGUCUCCGGCGGUGGUGGCUUCUCUGGCGGUGCCGUCUCCGGUGGUGGUGGCAUCUCUGGUGGUUUAGCUUCUGGCGGUGUUGGCUUAUCUGGUGCAUCUGGGUUCUCUGGUGGCGCAGGAUUCGCUGGUGGAGCAGGAUUUUCGGGUGGCGCAGGAUUCUCUGGUGGCGCUGGAUUCAUCGGAGGUGGCUGUGCAGAUGGACAGGUCCGUCAUGUGGGUGGAGGCUGCGUGACUCCUCAAGUCACUAGAAACUUGUACGUGUACAGUGCUCCACCACUGGCUCCAAUCGUAGGACCACCACCAAUUGUGCCUCCACCCAGGAUAGAACAAAACGUUUUAUUCAUCCGUUCGCCAGAUGUUGACAUAGCUCAAGACCCCAUUAUUGUUCCACCCCCACAAACGAAAAAUGUUGUGUACGUCCUCAACAAGCGACCUGAACUGGAGCAGAAAGUCGUCCACAUCCCAGCACUUGAGCAACAACCUCCUGAAGUGUUCUUUGUCAACUAUGCCGAAGGUGAUAACCCGACUUUACCCACAGGAGAGGACCUCCAGUCUGCUCUCAGCUCCGCCGCUCAUGGUGGUGGUGGAGUUAUUGGUACCGCUGGUGGCAUUGGAGGUGGCGUGGGAAUCGGCGUUGGAGGCGGUAUUGGAGGCGGAGUUGGUGGCGGCGUUGGAGUCGGCAUUGGAAGCGGCAUCGGAGGUGGCUUUGGAAGUGGCGUCGGAGUCGGUGUUGGGAGUGGAGUUGGAGGUGGCGUCGGAGUUGGCGUUGGAGGAGGAAUUGGAGGCGGCGUUGGGGGCGGCGUUGGAGGUGGCGUCGGUGUCGGUGUUGGAGGAGUUGGAGGCGGUGUUGGAGUCGGCGUUGGAGGAGGAGUUGGAGGUGGUGUUGGAGGCGGGGUUGGAGUUGGUAUUGGAGGGGGCAGCGUUGGUGGGUUUGGAAGUAGUAUUGGCGUAGGAUCUGGCAUAGGCAUUGGAGGAGGAUCUGUGAAGCACAGUGGCUUCAGUGUUACCACCCCGUCUAGUCUAUAUGGCGCGCCAUAAACGACACAAGAACACCUUUUUCUUCAGCAGAGGCUUCCACAUUUCUGGACGGAAUAACUUAUCAAUUUCAUAUGAUUUCCAGCUUUGCAAAUUCUCUUGCUCUUCAUAACCUAUAUUUAUUAUAUCCAAAUAAUGGAUUUAUAUAUUUCAUGACAAAUUCAGGUAUCUGCCAUUGUAAACCAAGGCUAUAUCAAAUAUAUUCUUAAUUUAUGUUAUUGUUUGAUUCU